GUCUUUUUAGUCAAAUUUCGGUUUAAAUCGUCCAUUUAGCUAACUAAUUUGCAUGCGUGGACAACUUAGGAAGGUGUCACAUGAAAUUUUAAGACGAAAUCAACUCAAAAUUUAACAGGAAGUUCGACGAAAUUAACUCAAAGUUUAAUCAAAAGGACAACCUUAAGUUGACAUUAGUAACAUAAGGGACCAAAUUAAAACUUUUAAAACAUAGAGGAUCAACUUGAAAUCUAAAAUAAAAUAUAAGGGACCAAAUAUGCAAUUAAGCCUAUAACAUAUCAAGUAAUGUGUUUUUAAUAGUAUUUGUAAUAAAAUUGGGUUGUCUUUUCUUUUGUAUUUUGUAAAAAGGAAAUGGGAAGGAAGUUUCACUCAUUAUGGUCUUUGGUCGACGGAUCUUCUUAAGUGCCAUUUCUAUCCGUUUCAAUUCUUGAUAUAUUUUGAGACCCUAUAUACAUUCAUCCACAUUCAUACUUUUCAUAUUCUUCUUUCUUCCAUUUCUUUUCUAUUCUCAUGGCUAUGAUCCAACCAUCUUUUUCCUUCUCCCAUGAAUUCACCUAUGAUGUGUUUCUUAGUUUUAGGGGCACCGACACUCGCAAUAAUUUUACUGGAAAUUUUUAUAAAGCUCUAUGUGAUGGUGGAGUCCGCACCUUCAUUGAUGAUAGAGAGCUUCAUGGAGGUGACGAAAUCUCACCAUCACUUGUCAAGGCCAUCGAAGAGUCUAGAAUUUUCAUUCUUGUUUUCUCUAUCAACUAUGCUUCUUCUUCAUUUUGUUUGGAUGAACUUGUCCACAUCCUUCAUUGUUUCAAGGCAAAUGGUUGUUUGGUUUUGCCUAUUUUUUAUGAUGUAGAACCUUCUAACGUGCGACAUCAGACUGGAAGUUAUGGUGAAGCAUUGGCUAAGCAUGAGGAGAGGUUUCAAAAUAACAGCGAAAAGGACAAAAAUAAUAACAUGGAGAGGCUGCAUAAAUGGAAGAUGGCUCUUAACCAUGCAGCUAACUUGUCCGGCUACCAUUUCAAUCCUAGGAAUAAUGGAUAUGAAUACGAGUUUAUUCAGCAAAUAGUCAGAUUUAUAUCCAACCAGAUAAAUCGCGUUCCUUUACAUGUUGUUGAUUACCCUGUUGGCUUGCAGCGGCAAGUCCUAAAAGUAUAUUCACUUCUAGAUGUUAGAUCUAAUGAUGAAGUCAAGGUGGUAGGGAUCUAUGGGCCUGGAGGAAUGGGCAAGACAACACUUGCCAAAGCAGUUUAUAAUUUCAUAGCUGAUCAAUUUGAAUGUGUGUGUUUUCUUCACAAUGUGAGAGAAAAUUCAUCUAAACAUGGUUUAGAACAUCUCCAAAAUGAUUUGCUUUCCCAAACAGUUGGAUUUGAAUUUAAGUUAAGAAAUAGCAGUGAGGGAAUUUCAACCAUAAAGCAAAGGCUACAGCGAAAAAAGGUUUUAUUAAUUCUCGAUGAUGUUGACGAAUUGAAGCAACUGCAGGCUUUGGUUGGUGGGCUUGAUUGGUUUAGUGUUGGUAGUAGAGUGAUCAUUACCACUCGAGACAAACACUUGCUAGCAAGUCAUGGUAUUGACGUAACAUAUGAAAUACGUGAGUUAAAUAAGAAAGAAGCUUUGGAAUUGCUUAGGUGGAAAACUUUUAAAGGUAAGCAAGUUAAUUCAAGUUACGAGCAUGUUUUAAAACGUGCAGUAAAUUAUGCUUCUGGGCUUCCAUUGGCGUUGGAAAUAUUAGGUUCCAACUUAUUUGGAAAGCAUAUAGAAGAAUGGAAUUCUUUGUUGGAUCGAUAUGAAAGGAUUCCUAAUAAAGGGAUUCAAAAGAUACUUAAAGUGAGUUUUGAUGCUUUGGAGGAAGAUGAGCAGAGUGUUUUUCUCGACAUUGCUUGUUGCUUUAAAGGGUAUAAAUUAAAAGAGGUGGAAGAUAUACUUUGUGCUCAUUACAGUCAAUGCAUGAAAUAUCAUAUUGGAGUCUUGGUUGAAAAAUCUCUUGUAAAGAUUAGUCGACGGGGCUAUGUGAGAUUACAUCAUGACUUGAUAGAAGACGUGGGUAAAGAAAUCGUAAGAACAGAAUCACCAAAAGAUCCUGAAAAACGUAGCAGGUUGUGGUUCCGAGAAGAUAUAUUUCAAGCUUUUGAAAAAAAUUCAGGAAGUCAAGUUGAAAUGAUACAUUUGGAAUUUCCAUUGCCUGAAAAAAUAGAAGAAUGGAAAGGAGAUGAAUUCAAGAAGAUGGAAAACCUAAAAACUCUUACUAUUAAAAAUAGUAGUUUUGUUUCCAAACCUCAAGUACAGCUUCCUAAUUGUUUAAGAGCACUAGAAUGGCCUAGGUAUCCUUCACAACACAUACCAUCUGAUUUUCGUCCGAAGAAUCUUUCCAUAUGCAAGUUACCCAAUAGUGACCUCACAUCAUUUACUUUGGCUAACUCAUUGAAGGAAAGGAUGUUCUUGUGUAUGAAAGUUUUACAUUUAGACGAUUCUAAAUGUUUAACAGAAAUAAGUGAUGUAUCUGGUCUCCAAAAUUUAGAAGAAUUUUCAUUUCAAAGGUGUGAGAAUUUACUUACAAUUCAUGAUUCUGUUGGGUUCUUGUAUAAACUAAAAAUCUUGAAUGCUGAAGGUUGUAGCAAGCUCAGAAGAUUUCCACCAAUUCAAUUACCCUCUCUUCAAAAACUUGAACUUUCAUUUUGUAAAAGUCUUAAGAACUUCCCAGAAAUAUUGGGAAAGAUGGAGAGCAUACAAACAAUUUGUUUUAGAGAAACUUUAAUUGAAGAAUUGCCUGAUUCAUUUCAACAUCUCACUAAGCUUAUUCAAUUAGUGCUACUAGUAGCAGAAGCACAUCAACUAUUGAUUAGGAUACCAAGUAGCAUUCUCAUGAUGCCAAAAUUGAAUAAGCUUCGUCUUUGUGGCUAUCAUUUAUUGCCAAACCAGAGUGAUAAACCAAGUUCCAUGGUGUCCUCAAAAGUAAAGUAUCUCCGGCUAGAUGAAUGCAAACUAAAAGAUGAAUAUCUUCCGAUAAUUCUCAAGUUGUUUGCUAAUUUGACACACUUAGACUUGUCAUUGAGUAAUUUUACAAUUCUUCCGGAAUGCAUCAAAGAACAUCAGUCUUUAAUCAGCCUCAAUCUGGAUGAUUGCACGCGUCUUCAAGAAAUUCGAGGGAUUCCGCCAAAUUUAAAAUUCUUGUCUGCAUUAAAUUGUGAAUCGUUGAGUUCCUCAUGCACAAGCAUGCUAUUGAAUCAGGAACUGCAUGAAGUUGGAGGCACCAUCUUUUGUUUGCCAGGAAAAAGGAUUCCAGAGUGGUUUGAGCUCCAAAGUAGGGGAUGGUCAUUUUCUUUCUGGAUUCGUAACAGUCUCCCUUCCAUUUCUCUCUUAUACACUACUGAAUCGAUAAUUCAGAAGAGUUGCUUGGGUCGAUUUUGUUUACCCGUUGCCCAACUAUACAUCAAUCGCCGUGAAUGCACUUUUGACGAUCCAUUGAAAGGCGAUUAUAUAUGGAUAAAAUCAGAUCACACAUAUCUACUUAAUUUGAACCUACAAGACAUGGUAGGAUUGGAUGAAACAUUUUUGAAAAAUGAAUGGAAUCGUGCAGAUGUUUUGAUCAAUCCAUUACGCUUUAGGAAAAGUCAAAUGCACAUAUUCAAACAAGAGAGUAGCAUGGAUGAUAUUCAAUUCUCCGAUCCUUACAAAAAAAGAGAAUUAGAUGAUGAUGAUGAUGAUGAUGAUGAUGAUGAUGAUGAUGAUGAUGUUUUUUAUGAUGCUGAUGAUGUUCUUGAUGGUGAUGAUCACAAAACCACCCAUUGUAAUGCCUGAGAAAGUUGUCAUGUGAGGUUUUCAUUUCUUCCAGAUCCAACAAUGCAUUGAACAGAUAAUAUUGUGAAUGAUCAUUCAACGAUCAACAGUUUUAAUGCAGAUAAGGGGAGACUUGCUAAGGAAAAGCUGGGUCAAACGAUCAAUGGUCUUUUACUUAUUUGAAAUUCUGAAUGAAUAAUUGUGAAGGAAGAGAACUUAAUUUAUAGUUUUUUUUUUUUUUGCUAAACAGACUUUUCCAUCGCAGCCCAUCGCGCCACGAUGGCUUUAGAAAAUUGCCAUCAUGAUAUGAUGUGUGCAUCGUGGCGCGAUACGGUUGUUUCUUGCCUAACAAGUAUGCAGAUUUGAUCCAAUUUAAUCAUGUGUUCAUCGUGCUGCGAUAGCUUUCAUCGUGGUGCGAUGAUUCUGCUUGAUUUCUUCAUUUUUUGCUCCUUUUAAUUUCUUCUUUUAUUGCUUCUUGUCCAAGUAACUUAUUUUGCUUGAUUUUGGUCUUCAAAAGCUAAUUAACUACUAAAAAGUAUCAGAAAUAAUGGAUAAAAAUAUCAUAUAAUUGACUGUCAUCAUCCUCUAUUUAAAAAGUCAACAUGAUUUUUUAAUCCGCCACCAAUUUUAUGAUGUGGCACUUGAGUGGUAUUAUUGAUUAAAAAAAGAAAUUCCAUGUCAAUAUUGGUUUAAUUAAUUUUUUUAUUUAUAUACUAAAAUAUUAAAAAACAAUUGAAAAUGAAUUUAAAAAAGAUCAGAAUGUAAAUUAACACCAAACAACAACAAAUUGAAAAAUACUCAUUUCUCGUCUUUUUCAUUCUUCAUCUUCUCCAUUCUUUUCUUUCAACGUUAAAAACCCUCAAAAGAAAA